GCAGUUCCCCAUUAUUCUGACCAGAAGAAGAAUCAGCCGCCGGUGGUCAUCUGCUGUCAGGAGAGGAUCUGCAUUUCCCGUGGCCUGUGGAGGAGGAGAGAGGGCCGGACAGGGAGGGCGAGAAUCAGAGCCUCUCUUCCCCAGUGCACUUUGCAGUCAGUCAGGAAGGGGAGGGGGGAAGGAGGGGGCCGCGUUCACUGCUGGAUCGCUUAUCUGAGAUCUCAAAGUCCGCCUUUCGCCGUGCGCUCUCCCCUCUCCGCGGACCUGCCAUGGAUGUUACUCCUGGAUGUGCAUUCUUCAUAUUUUUCCUCCACUUUCAGCGCGCGGAUACUCUUUACAUCGCCAACAGUAUAGAUUCCCUGCAGCAUGUCCUGAGGGAGUACGGGCUGGUGAGGCCGGUCAGUGUGGAUGCAGACGGGCACUUCCUCACCCACGCCGUCUCUGCCAGCCGCUUGAGUGGGCAGGGGUCCCACCGGCGCAGGAGGAGGCAGGCCAACCAGCAAGGAGAGACAGACCACCUGAGGGAGACUCUCUUUUAUAAUGUCACUGUUUACGGACAGGAGUUUCACCUUCGCCUCAGGCUCAAUUCCAGGCUCGUGGCUCCGGGAGCUAAAGUGGAGUGGCUGGAGGACGAUAACCAAACACACUCGGAGCCCUUGUUGCCCAGUGACUGCUUAUAUGUGGGUUAUGUUACCAAUGUGCAGGAUACAUCCGUGGCUAUCAGCAAUUGCGAUGGCCUGGCGGGGAUGAUCCGCGCAGGUCAGGAGGAGUUUUUUAUCGAGCCACUGGAGAGAGGAGGCGACAUGACAGGAGAGGAGGAAGGAGGACCCGGGCGUCAUCACAUCGUCUACCGCUCCUCUGACAUCAAGAAGCCGGCCGUCAAUCAGCCCGCUGACUUUCACCCCAGAGGUUCUCCUCUGGGUGGUCUUGCUGCACUGGAGUUGUUACCCCAACAUGUGAAGAAGAAAAUCAACUCGCGAGCACGCAGAGAGACGUAUGAAGAUGAAAUCUUUAACAUCGAGGUUCUUCUGGGGGUCGAUUGCUCCGUGGUGAUGUUUCAUGGCAGAGAGCACAUCCAGAAGUACCUUCUGACCCUCAUGAACAUUGUGAAUGAGAUUUAUCAGGACAGCACUCUGGGUGCCCAUAUUAAUGUGGUCCUGGUUCGAAUCAUGAUGCUUUGCUCCUCUAAGUCCAUGGGUUUAAUAGAGCUGGGCAAUGCAUCUCAGAGUCUGGAAAACGUCUGUCGCUGGGCCUUCCUGCAGCAGAAAGAGGACAAGAAUGACGCUGAAUAUCACGAUCAUGCCAUUUUUCUCACCAGACAAGAAUUUGGGCCCACCGGCAUGCAGGGUUAUGCUCCUGUGACUGGGAUGUGUCAUCCUGUGAGAAGCUGCACUCUCAACCAUGAGGAUGGCUUCUCCUCUGCCUUUGUUGUGGCUCACGAGACCGGACACGUUUUGGGGAUGGAGCAUGACGGCCAGGCCAAUGAAUGCGGGGACGAGGUGCCCAUGGGGAGCAUCAUGGCUCCUCUGGUUCAGGCAGCCUUCCAUCGCUUUCACUGGUCCCGGUGCAGUCAGCAGGAGCUCCGGCGAUACCUCAAUACGUAUGACUGUCUCCGUGAUGACCCUUUUGAUCAUGAGUGGCCAACUCUGCCGCAGCUGCCCGGUCUGCAAUACUCUAUGGAUGAACAGUGUCGCUUUGACUUUGGCAUGGGCUACAUGAUGUGCACUGCGUACAGCACCUACGAUCCUUGCAAGCAGCUGUGGUGCAGCCAUCCUGAAAACCCUUUCUUCUGCAAGACUAAGAAGGGCCCUCCAAUCGACGGAACCAAGUGUGCAUCGGGGAAGAACUGUUUUAAGGGUCACUGCAUCAAGCUGACACCGGACAUUCUCAGGCUGGAUGGCCACUGGGGUCAGUGGACCAAAUUUGGUUCUUGUUCCAGAACAUGUGGUGGUGGAGUUCGGUUCCGCACUCGAGAGUGUAACAACCCAGUUCCAGCCAACGGAGGGCGCACUUGUUAUGGAAACAACUAUGAGUUCCAGUUAUGUAACACGGAGGAGUGCGCAGAAGCCCUGGUGGACUUCAGAGAGGAGCAGUGCAAGAUGUGGGACCCGCACUUUGAGCAUGAAGGAAACAAACACCACUGGCUGCCCUACGAGCACUCUGAACCUGAUGAAAGAUGUCAACUGUACUGCCAGUCAAAAGAGACCGGAGACGUGGUGUCCAUGAAGAGGAUGGUGCACGAUGGCACUCGCUGUUCCUACAAAGACCCCUACAGCGUGUGUGUGCGUGGAGAGUGUGAGAAAGUGGGCUGUGACAACGUUAUCGCCUCGGAGCUGGAGGAUGAUAAGUGUGGUGUGUGUGGAGGAGACAACUCCACCUGCAAGAUUGUCAAAGGAAACUUCACCCGCAGUACCAGGAAACCAGGCUUUCUGAAGAUCUUGGAGAUUCCCAGAGGAGCGCGCCACAUACAGAUCCACGAAUUCAAAGGAACGCCACAUAUUUUAGCGGUGAAGAACCAGGCCACAGAUCAUCUCUUCUUAAAUGACGAGGGUGAUUUUCCUGAGUCACGCACAGUAAUUGAGAAAGGUGUGGCAUGGGAGUACACAAACAAUGACGACAUGGAGACGGUCCAGACCACCGGACCACUCAGAUAUGGAGUUCUGAUCAUGGUUCAGUCUCACAGCAUUUCUAAAGUCACAAUCUCAUACAAAUACAUCCUGCCAGAGGACCCGCUCUCAUCAAUGGAGAACACCCUGCCUCAGGACGACACAAUUUACUUCGAGUGGGCUCUCAGGAAGUGGUCGCACUGUUCCAAGCCAUGUGGCGGAGGGAAACAGUACACACGUUUUGGAUGCCGAAGGAAGUCGGAUGGCAAAAUGGUACACCGCACUCUCUGCGCCAACAUACCCAAACCUCGUGCCAUCAGCCGAGCCUGCAACCAGAAGGAGUGCUCAGAACCAAUCUGGGUGACAGGAGAAUGGGAGGAGUGCAGUAAAUCUUGUGGUAAGACAGGUUCACAGACUCGACCUGUGCGCUGUGUGAGACCUGAACUGGAUGGUUCAUACAAAGCCAUCAAUGCUAAAUAUUGCAAUGAUGACCGGCCUGAGGGGCGAAGGCCCUGCAAUCGUCAACUAUGCCCUGCUCAUUGGAGAACUGGACCUUGGUCUCAGUGCUCGGUCAGCUGUGGUAAUGGCACUCAGGAGCGGCAGGUCAUGUGCAGCACCCCUGAUAAUGCCAUAGGCAUCUGCAUGGACACCAAACCUCAGAGUGUCAGAUCUUGUCUGCCAGCACCAUGUCCAAAUGACAGAGGCAACUUCCUGAUCCAGUGGCUCUCCAGAGCAGACCCAGAGUUCCCGGCACCAAAGAUCUCCUCAAGGUCCCGCUGUAAAGGAGACAAAUCUGUGUUCUGCCGAAUGGAGGUGCUCAGUAUGUACUGCUCCAACCCCGGCUACAGACAGAUGUGCUGCAAGUCCUGCAGCGAGACCAACUACACCUCUCAAUUCAACCUGACUCGACCCUGGACCUACACCACUGCUACCCCACCCAAAACUCCCAUUCGCACCACACUGCUUUUCAGGACCUCACAGAAACCCAGCACAACAACCACUCCAUCAAUCAGCAGAUGGACAGACAUCAGUCCCACAUCAGCAACCACCAAAACUCUAAAGCAAACGACAACAAUCACUUUUACAACUGGAGCUUUCACCAAACAUCCCGAUUCAUUUGACUAUGAAGAGGAAAGCAGUGGGUCCUUCUAUGAAGACGAAACAUGGAGCUCAGUCUCAGAGUCUGAAUCAUCAGAGUUCAUCUCAUCGUCCUCCAAGCCUUGGUCAACAACUCCACAAUAUACAACUACACCUGAAAAUGAAAACAUUGAAAUGACGCUUUUGACAACGCCACAGCCGAAUGUUACUGCCACAACGAGCCCUCCUGCCAUAGUCAGUCUGCAUCUCUCAGAGGACAAGAAGGAGAACAACUCCAUUGAUGUGUCCUACAGGAUUGUCAGUCCCAAUGAGGUGGCACUCAACCACUUUGUCCCUAGAAAGCGAGUGUCGUUUCGUGAGAAAACACAAAAUAAAAGAAUUCAGGAGCUUCUUGCAGAAAAAAGACGACAGGACUUCCUGCUUCAAAGACUGAAACGAAAACCCGGAGACUGAUAGAUUUGCUUCCCUCUAUCCCUGUGGUAUUUUGUGAGUAUAUUUUUGAAGUGCUUUCGUGGCCUCUACACACUCUCUUUGCAUUUACAAUUUUUAAAAAAGGAAAUAAGCCCAAAUCUCAGUCUUAAAAAAAGUUUUGAAGACAUUUUCGCAGGGGUUUACCACAUUUUGCCUUUAAAAUGUACAAGAUUGAUAAAUACCAAUGUGGAGAUUCAGCAGUUUAAGCUAGCUACUGGCUAUGUGAUGUUUUGCAGUCCUUUACAGUCGAUCCCUGUGAGAUCUUGGGUAAACGUAAACAUCAACAGUCAGACUGUAGGAUGCACAUUGUUGAUCUUGUUUGCAGCUGGUAUUAACAUGUUUUUAGUGAUCCAAUCUCAAGUGAUCAGCUGAGUUGUAUUACCAUUUCUUUCUGGUAUUAACAUGGCUGGGUCUGAUUUUGCAAAGUAUGAUGAAGUCCUGGAUUUACAUCUAUUAUGUUGAUCCUGGAACAUCUUUCCUGUUUGAAAAUGUAAUCCAUACCAAAUCCCCAACUCUUACAGUAAAUUAUUCCCAAAAUCAUUGAGGAUUUAUAGCUGGACACCAAUGACAUGAAAGCACAAAACUAUGGAUGUCCCAAUCAGGUUUUUUUGCCCUCGAGUCAGAGUCAUUUGAUUUGAAGUAUCUACCUAUACCAAAACUCGAUCCGUUACUUCAAUAAUACAUAACAAAAAUAAUAAAGAAAAGCGAAGAAACAGAUACAAGAUGUUCCUUAUUUUUUAUUUAAUUCACCUUAUUUUAACAACUCUAUUGUAACAGAGAAUUUUUGUUAGGUAGCUUGAACAUUCAAGUGAUAAAAAUGACAUCAAUUCUUCACUUUUUGACUUCUGUGCAACAGUAAGUAUACAAAAAAAUCUAGUAUAUAAAAUAUAAAAAUAAAAUGUAAAAUAAUAUUUUUAAAAAAUUAAGUCCUGAUUUGGAAGUAACCUUCAAUUCUGAUCCGAGUAUGAAACCAUGUGAUAGGGCCCAAUUUCCAAUCACGUGAUCAGAUCUGGACAUCCCUACACAAAACCCUAACUAUAAGCCUAAACAUGAGCUGUAAAUGUAUCCCUUGAAUCUAAUUGGAUCAUUGUUCCAUGAUGAACACUGAACACAAUUGCAAGAACAUUUAGUGUUCAUAAGUACUCAAUACUUUCACAUGUGAGUGGGAAAGCAUGCAAGUCAACUAGAACUGUUUUGUGUGUUUCGUUACAAUGCAACAAAGUAUAAAUACCUUGUACUUUCUCAUUUAUGUUGGUCCACUUUGCAUUAUUGUUGCUAUUUUGAUGCAACAUUUGUUAACAGCUGUGCCAUUGACCAACUAAAACUUGGACUACAGUCCGUUGAAUGGCUUUUAUUCGCCUAUACGUUAAUAUGCAAAACAUGUAAACUAUGUUUAUUACAAGGAUGCGCAGCAGCACACGAACACAAAGAAAUGCCAAAUAACUCAUAUAGGUACAGUACAACUCUUAAAGAUGGCUGCCUGUUAGGCAGCUGCAGGCCAUCAGUGAGCAUCACCUCUUUUUUGGCUCAUGUUGAAGGGAGGUUGACAGAUUCAGCAUACAGAAUUGGUGUCUGCUGCCAUUGAAAGAGUGCGCUUUGAUUGGCUGUUCAGCUACAAAUCCGAGCGUGAAAACAUAAGUGAAUAAGCAAAUUACACGUUUAAAGUAUAUACCAAGAAGCCAGCUGUUAUUUUGUUACAUUUCUUAAAUAUUUGCAAACUGAAAAUGGUACGCAAGUGCUUUGUUUACAGUUUGUAUGUGUAGGAGUUUCCCGUUGUGAAAGGAAAAUACAGACUACUGCAGAUGCAUGUGACAGACACACAGAAAGUGGGUUUGUAAAGCUACAUCCUCUGACACAGGUGCAGAACAUAUCUUCCUAUUUCAGUUAGCUGUCAUUCGUUUGGUGUGUUCACAUGCAUCUGUUUUGUCUAAACAAGACUAGAUACACCACAACACAGUCGGUUUUAAUCACAGCUAUUUAUUUGUCCCUGCUUUAGACAGAGAACUGACCAUGUGUUUAGAAGAAUUCACCUGCACUGCAUGCUUCAAACGAUGCCCAGAAUGUUCAGAUUCUAUUACACCUUUAUUUAGUGCUGUUCACUUGUGAUUGGACUGAUGUAAACACGUCUAAAUACCAGGAGUAAACUUGGCCAGAGUCAAGGUCUAAAUGGUGCUGUUGACAGCGCGUUUGAGUCACACAAUUUCCCUGCUAGAACUUAAUUAUGAGCUGAAAAUCAUUGUGAAUCAUGCAUGUCACAUGAAAGACCUCAGAUUUUGCUAAAAUUAGUCUUAGCCAGCAAAAUCAAACAGUUUGGACCGACUUAUAGGAGAGUUUUUAAAUGUUUUGCUGUUUGAAUGCACUUAAAUGAAAGAUGUUGCACAUGACACUAUUGCGGAAUGAAGAAAUCCAUAAAUCAUAAGUCACAAAAUUUGUCAUUUUUUUCUAACAUAUAAAUGUUAGAAAUACUUUAUAAGGGAAACAUCAUGUUGUUAUCAUUGCCUCUCCAUUAAAGGUUAACUGAAACUACAGAAAGCAGAAUCAAAUCAGCUGUUAGUUUGUCUGUUGUAACUGGUUUGUUGCUUUUACAUAAGUUUUGGUUAGCUGGUGAAGCCACCGUCUUGUUUAUUUCUCCAAAACCAAACCUGUUUAAUUUUCAUUGUCAUCAGGGGAGUGAUUUUUCACCAUCUUGUUCACCUUGUCCAAACACAUCAAGAGUGCUUGUUUAAAAUGUACAUUGAUUUUUUUCAGUUUAUCUGCUAGGUUGUCUUUUGUCAGUUUUUCAGACCAACCUGUACCUGUGUGUGGAAAUAUUUUGCCCUCAUAAGAAUCCAGAUUUCAUGGUUCCCAAAGAUAUCACAAGGGUCCACCUGAAGAACUGUAAUGGUGCACUCACAUUUGCUAAAUUCUGACCAGUGGUAAUUAUUAUAAGCAAGAUUUUUAAAAUUUUUUCAGGCAUAAAAUAUCCACUUUAUUGUCAAUAACGGUGCUACAUAUGAAGUUCAACUCAAGUCACAAACUCUUUUUUUAUUUUAUGGAUCUGCAUGAGCAGCUUGAACAUAUAACAAAAUCUCUGAGGGCAAAUCUUUUAUAACGAAACUACAGUUAUUGUUCAUACGAACCACCUCAAGUUUGGACACCAUGAACCAUAUGUUGAAAAAUUAUAACCCUUAGGUUUCUGUUCAUGUGUUAAGAAAACAUUUAUAUUCUGCUAAAUCAAUAAAUGUAAAAGAGCCAGAUGCAGCAUAAUGGAAUGUAAACUAUAUGAGCAAGAUGUUGAAUAAACAGCGAGAUGAAUUGCAGCAGUCAAAUAUGCCGCAGUGUUUACAUGAGAGAAGAACAACACAGAUGGACACGAGUGUGAACAGCCACUUAUGAUUGCUUGGAUUUUUUAUUUUUGUUUUACCCUAUUGUCGAUUCCUUAGCAAAACAUCAUCUAGUUUCCUUCUUAAUAAAUGCACAGAUCUCAUAUCCCUUCGUAAAUGUUGUAAAUAUAAACUGUAAUUUUCUAUUUAUUGAAGCACCUGUGCACUUUUGUGUUUAUCAGACCACUUUUUGUGCAUGCGGCAUGAUUGACAAUCCUACACUUAUGCAAGAGGCAAGAAAUCUCUUCCUCAUUGUCUUAGAAACCAGUGUGAGUAUUAUAAGGUAAAACAAAAAUGAAAUAUCUACAUACUUGAUUCAAUCGAUACGACUGUGGACGACGUCAACAUUUUUGACUCAGCACAUACUUGAUUUAAUAAAGUUGCAGAGCUAA